AUGGUAAAGAGAGCGGUCAUCAGGUAUGGGGCUUCUGAGCCCAAUUUUUCAAGGCAACCUCUAAAUUAUUCGGGCCUUAUGAGGGAGCUCUAUGUUGGGUCGCCAUGGAAGGCAUUUGAAGUAAUGAGAUUUUGCUGGACUGAAGUUGGGCUUAGAGAUAAUAAUGGUCAAGGAAUCUUUUUUGGUCUGCCUGGGCUUUGGAAGCCUGUCUGGUUAGGCUACAUCUCAACUAGGUCGGAAGCUAAGUCAUUACCCACGAAAGAAAGAAUUGGGGAGUCCUUUGACUUUGACGAAAUUCUCUCCUCAGAUUGCGAUAAGAAUUCCCACUUCACCUCAAGCUUUGAAUCGGAGGAAUUGAUCGAUGCCAGUUCAGAGAGUUGGGUGCCACAAACUCCGACGGGUGUCUCGUUAGACAUGGAAGCUUCGAUGGUUGCGUGUAGUAAAUUGCCCUCUCCAUCGUGCAUUAUCAGUGACUCGAGCCGCGAGUGGAAUGCAGAUUUGUUUCCGUUCGACAAAGAGACAUCGAUCAACGCUUGCAAAUCAAUCGGUAGAGUCUUGAGCCUCGAAGGUACCGACAGUGAGGGGGAGGCGGAUAAGAUGAUUUCACAAGCAGCGAAAGAAAUGCACAAGAUGAAGGUCAGAAACACAAGAUCUAAGUUAGAAAUGGAAAACCAUCGUCUGGGACCAGCGGAGCCAUCUCCGACGGGACCGAGAAAGUGUCGGAAAGGAAAGGGUAGGUACUCUAUCGACUGUUAA